GUUUUAGUCUUUCUUCAAUCCUUAAGGUAGGAAAUAGGAAGGAACAAACAUUUCAUACUAGUCACAUUACUGCCAAUAAUAUCGAAUGUAAUAGGAGGGAAAGUGAACGUAUAAAUGAACUGCUUCAAUAUCGCAUAUUGGACAUUGGAUGCUGAAAGUCGCCGCUCUAUUGAGAACGUGCGUUGUUGGUUUUCAUGUGGUGUCAAGUCCGCAUUUGCAUUCUCAGGUUGAAGUUCCUAAUAUUCAGCUGCUUCUUAGAUAAUUUGAUCGGUUCGCAUUAUCUACACUUUAUUCUCCUAACUAUUUUAACAUAUUUCGAUUUGAUACAAGAUGGAUGGAUUGACAUCUCUUGCGAACUUUACGGAUUAAUUUUAUCUUGGAUGAAUUCCAUGGUGAUUGCUUUAUGUUACAGUAUUCCUAUUUGUGUGUUUAGGUCAAUGGGAGAAUACUUUAAUCUGCCCGUUGAAUAUCUAUACUGCCCUUGGAAUCUUUCUUUGUGUCAGUGGAAACAAUACAAAAUCUGAAAUGUUAAGGGCGAUGCAGUUAUCUGACCAUUCGAAUGCUAUGAGGUUGAUUGUAGGAUCUGUCAACUUUUAAAUAAAUGUUCGAGACGCAGUGAUAGUGAUGAGAUAGUCCUGCAGAAAAUUUGAGAAUCAAGGAGCAGUUCUGUAUUAAUUUGGAGACAUACUACGAUACCGAAUGAGAACAUGUGGAUGAGAAUUGUGCAGUGGCAGCUGCAUCAACAGCAACUUCGAUUGUCUAAUGCAUAGCUGUAUGAUCGUGCAAACGUGUGGCAAAAUUUCGUAUUGUUCAUUAAUUCUUCACAUCCAUUAUUUGGAAUGAUACUCUACCAAUAUUUCUUAGACAUGGGAUAUUAACAUUGAGUUCGUGAUGAGUGAGGCUGUGACUAGAGCCUACAGAAAAGUGUUUUUUCUACAGAAAGGAAGUAUCUUACAAUUUUUCAAGAUUCAGCAAAUUGCAUGUGUUUUUAUUGAAUUAUUCCCAUGUGCCUAACUAAUCGAAUUUUUAAUAGAAGAAUUUGUUUUGAUAUCUUGUUAAACCAUUUUUACUUCUGUGAUCAUGUAAUGAUUUUGUUAACUUUAUGUUCACAUGACCACUGAUGAAUAAUUCAUGGAAGUUUGUUCUAUUGUCAA